AAUCCACUGCCAUUUAGUUGAUACUUAAGCUGAAAGGGGACAGGACUUUGGUUUGUCUCCAGUUUUUUUCUCCGUACACGGAAAGCUCCUGCCCCCUGAUCCCUCAAGCGCCCGGAUGCACACCAGCAACAGUCAGUCAGUUAGUCAGUCAGGACAAACAUGGUCGCCAGAGCUGAAGGAAGCGUUUAGGAAUCUCUUCGCUGAAAUUCUCUUUAUAAAGUAACGGCUUUUAUACUGGUCGCUUAAAGCACGUAAAGCCUCGCCGGAGGACUACAUUUUCUUCUUGCUGAAGGCGUCUUUGUGGACAGGACACUUAGAGGGCCAAACAAUGGAAUGCUCUCUCCUGCCUACACUGCUCAGCACUCUACAGACUGAGGUUAAACGGCUUAGUUAGCAGUGUACCUCUCCCCCAAGAACUCUUUUAGCCUGGGGAAAGUUGGGAGAAAUAAAAACCAAGCGAAGGAGAAUUUCCUUCAUAGUACAGCACCUUACUCCAGUUCUUUGUAGUUGUUUGGGAUUCAUUUGUAAGCUUUGCGUGAACAAAAGCCAUAAUGGAAACGGAAACGUACCUGUGGAUGGUCGUGCUUGGCUUCAUUAUAGCCUUCAUCCUGGCAUUUUCAGUGGGGGCCAAUGACGUGGCAAACUCGUUUGGCACAGCGGUCGGGUCAGGAGUGGUGACACUACGUCAGGCCUGCAUCCUGGCUUCCAUAUUUGAGACCCUGGGCUCCAUGCUCCUCGGUGCCAAGGUCGGGGAAACCAUUCGGAAGGGAAUUAUAGAUGUCAGUUUAUACAAUGACACGGCGCCGAUACUGAUGGCGGGAGAGGUCAGCGCUAUGGUUGGGUCUGCGGUUUGGCAGCUCAUUGCCUCUUUUCUGAGGUUGCCCAUUUCUGGAACUCAUUGCAUUGUGGGAUCUACUAUUGGCUUCUCCAUGGUUGCUAUUGGCACAAAAGGAGUACAGUGGAUGCAGUUAGUCAAAAUUGUUGCCUCAUGGUUCAUCUCCCCUCUGCUGUCUGGCCUGAUGUCUGGCCUGCUCUUCUUCAUCAUCAGAUAUUUCAUUCUUAACAAGGAUGACCCUGUUCCCAAUGGUCUCCGCGCUUUGCCCCUCUUCUACGCUUCGACCAUCGGAAUCAACACCUUCUCCAUCAUGUACACUGGAGCUCCCUUACUGGGCUUGGAGAUGCUCCCCGUCUGGGCUAUUGCCCUCAUUACCUUGGCUGGUGCUGUGGUAUGCGCCGGUGUGGUCUGGUUUUUUGUUUGCCCCUGGAUGAGAAGGAAAAUAGCAAGUCGCCUGAAGAAAGCACAUGCUCUUUCCCGCAUCUCUGAUGAGAGUUUGGAUAAAAUUCCGGAGGAGGAAGAGGAAGCUCCUGUGUUUAAAGAGCUUCCAGGUGCGAAAAACAGCAACGAUGCAGUGCUGCCCUUGACAGAGGAGUCGACAGGGGAGCUGAACAGCCUGGCUAAUGGAGGCACCGUCCUGCCCAACGGCAGAGUCUAUGGUCGUACCAACUCCAUGACGAACGGCUGCCUCAAGUCACCCGUGUCCAAUGGGGGAUUCAGCUUUGACGGACACAUGCGCAGCGACGGCCAAGUCUAUCACACGGUUCACAAGGACUCUGGUCUUUACAAGGACCUCCUACACAAGAUCCACCUGGGCCGCCUGGAGGAUGAGCGCAGUGGCUCGCGUCCCGACAACAACUACCGUCACCUUCGCCGCAACAACAGCUACACAUGCUACACAGCAGCCAUCUGUGGCAUGCCGGUGCAGCCCCUGAUGCGGUCGGAGUCCAGCGCCCCUCCUCCAGAGGAUAGCGAGAAGCUAGUGGGCGACAGCGUCUUCUAUUCGAAGAAGCGAUUGCGCUAUGACAGCUACUCCAGCUACUGUAACGCGGUUGCGGAGGCCGAGAUUGAAGCAGAGGAAGGCGAUGUGGAUGUGAAGUUGGCAGCAGAUAAAAGGGAGCCCCGGGUCCCUGCUGAAGGUGUGCUGGAGGACUGUGUUGAUGAGGACAAGGAGGAGAAGGAUAAGCCUCAAGUCUACCUGCUCUUCCACUUCCUGCAAAUCCUCACCGCCUGUUUUGGAUCGUUUGCUCAUGGGGGGAACGAUGUCAGUAAUGCAAUUGGUCCUUUGGUGGCCCUGUGGAUGAUAUACGACCAGGGUGGGGUGAUGCAGGAAGCGGCCACACCGGUCUGGCUGCUGCUCUAUGGCGGCUUGGGAAUCUGUGCUGGAUUGUGGGUUUGGGGUCGCCGUGUAAUUCAAACGAUGGGCAAAGACCUCACUCCAAUCACCCCCUCCAGUGGAUUUUGCAUUGAAGUAAUGAGCGCUCUAACAGUGCUUGUUGCCUCAAAUGUGGGCGUUCCUAUAAGCUCCACCCACUGCAAGGUGGGCUCAGUGGUGGCGGUAGGCUGGAUCCGCUCUAAGAAGGCUGUGGACUGGCGUCUCUUCCGGAAUAUCUUCCUGGCCUGGUUUGUCACCGUCCCUGUAGCAGGCCUCUUCAGCGCUGCUGUCAUGGCCCUGUUCGUCUACGGCAUAAUGCCUUACGUCUGAGAUGGAAAAUGGGGAAGAGAGAGGGAGGUAUAGAAGGGUAAUGAUGAAAAAAUAAAACAGAGACAGAAAAAAAAUAAAUAUCAUGAUAUAAGGGGACAGCCAGAGGGUGGGGAGAGUCUUCAAAUGCUGCCUGGAAAAGCAUCCAGAAUCCUUUGACUUAAAUAUCCUUAAUCUUGUCAAGAGUAUUUAUUUCCGUUUCAUUUUUCUAUUGUUUUGUUGAAAUGUUACCAUAAACCGCAAGAUCUUUGACUCAGAGAUAUGAAAUGGUACAUUUUCAAAGUUCCAAAAAAAUAGUUCUCGUACAUCUGUGGUCCUAUAUGUUCAAAGGAGUAGACAGAACUGGACAGAUGUGCACAUACUCAGUGCAUUCGUAACCGUUACAAUUGCCGAUCUCACAUAAAAUAUCAGUAUAUGAAGAAUGGGACUUUUAUGGCGCAAUUCACUGUAUAUUGGCACAAAAUAUAGUUAUUAACUACUCCUGGGCCUCUAAAUGUAAUGUUUUAAAAAUAUGCCAUGUGUGGUGCGUUAUAACCGCACCUUUAUUGCCAUUCGCUGAAACAUCAAACUUCUGCGUAAAUGACACUGAGAAGCAUCCUGCUGUUCGAAACCUACAUUAGCUGCAUUGCUAAAAUCAUACCUCAGUCAACCCUCUAUGCCACAUAAAAGACAAGUGACAAAACUGUGCUAUCUCAUAAUACAUGAAAUAUUAUAAGAUGAAUCAUUUUUCUAGUGGAUAAUGUGCAAGAAUUCCCUGUUCUUUUAUUGUUGUAUUUAUUUUUAGAUAUGUUAGCAUUCAGACCUUUUUUUAAAAACAAAAAAAACAAAAACAAAGGUGUGAAGACAAAAUCAUGUUUUGAACUAUGUAUGCUACUAUAAUUUCUACUGUGUAUAUAUUCAGCUUUAGAUUUUAGAUUUUAGUUAUGUCUUAUUUCGAGGUCUUAUAUUGUUACAUUUAAGGAGACUUUAGACCAGGUUUGGUAGUUGUAUGAAACGUAUGCGCUUCCAAGCAUAUGAAAAUGAUCAAAUAUUAAACAUUUAAUUUUCUUAUGACAAGACGCUACAUUCAUAAUCCUGUCAGGCUAUAUCAAAAAUAACUUCAAAUAAACGAUUUACAACUUUUUCUCCAAUCGACUAACCUAAAAGAUUCCCAUGUCAAUAAAAAAUUAGGAAUUCACCAUUAUUUGAAGAUGUAAAAAAGGAGCAUAUCUAAAGUAUUAAAUUUAAACUUUCAAUAAUUCAGCUUUUUUUAAUCCAAACAUAUCAAUAGGUGAUUUAAACCCAUUAGAAAGAAUAGCCAAAGAUUCUGAUGGUCAAGUUUCAUUGCCAGUCUCUUUGACAGUAUUUGUAAUUACAAUCGAAAUUAUGUCCAGACAAAAGAGAUCAGUUUGUCUUUGUAUUACGGAAAGUAUAUAAAGGAUGCUAGUAGUGCAGUCUAGCCAUAGUAUAUAAUGUUCUUCGAGCCCAAUGGAUGAUGCCAAUAUAAAAUACCUGUAUGUGCCGAAACAGCCAAAAUCCCCCGACGGGCACUUGGGUGACCCAUAAAACCAGCACAAACACACAAACAUAGAUUUACCCACUUCACAUAGAUGGUGUUUUGAGAGGCAGUAUUAGAUGCUGAGUCUGGCUAUCAGUGAAUCUCAUAUCAGCAUCCAGCUACUUGAUUCAGCCUCACUGAUAAAGCCGUCAGUACUGAUAUUACAUUGAGGUUUAUCAGAACUGGAAAUUGUUUAACAUCAGGACAAUAUGUGAUUCAGAGACACAAAUGUGUCAUAUAAUGAAAGGUCAAUAUGUAACGACCUAUUUGUGGCCCUGACACCACAAGAAACCAAAAAGUCUCAUGACUUCCGUCCAAAAAUGACCAUGCUAUAUCAGGUGAACUGAGCUUAGAUGUUUGUCAGACACCAUUGUAAUCUGCCUCGGGAUAGUCACCAGAUUUGGAAACUGUACAAACGUGUGGCUUUGAACCAAUGCAAAGUGUUGCUGUUUCUUUUUGUGUGUGUGUGUGUGUGUGUGUGUGUGUGUGUAUUACUUUUGUUUUUAUUUUUCAUCAAGAACAAAUCUAUGCUUAUAUGGCCAUUUGCCUUGUAAUGUUGUGCUUUACUGUUUGUUGGAUACAGUAACUUAAGUACUGUGGUGUUUACAUUGUAAUCAUAUUGUAGAAUAACUCAUUGCAGUUGCCUAAAAAUGCCAAUCAACUAACUAUUAAUCACAAAUUAAAUAUGAAAUAACCAGGCAUAGUGCAAAGGUGUUUCAUGUCAUUUUGUGUUUUAGCAGUGUGAACCAUCAUGAUCCUGUGUUACUCACACUGCUACAUGUAGUACACAACUUUACAUGGUGGAUAUGAUUAAAAAAAUAAUAAUAAUAAAAAAAAGAAAUGAAUAGAUAUAUAAAUUUCAUUAAACUAUAUUUUUCUACAUAUAUAAGUUUUACCUGGGUGGCGACUUCUUACAUGAGAGUAAACUGGGCUCCCGAGCAGCGAUUAUGUUGAAGUACCAGUAACUAUUAUAAGAAAAUUCAGUGCUGAAUACCACUGAACAUUUUCUUAAAGAUGAUUUUAUUGCAAAAGAGUCAGAAAAGUUCCGACAGGGGUUAGUAAUGUGGAUUGGUUCCAUAUAUCCAUUGUUUUCUUCUUGCCCAGGGACGUCUCUCUCUCUCUUGCGUGAGAGAGUGUGUUUGGAAGUUGUUAAAAUUCAACAGUUUUUCAUGAUUAUGUUUUGAGAAGUAAGGUUGAAUAACUUUGUAAUUUUGUUUCCCUGAAAUGCAAUAUUGAGCUGCCAGACUGUGGUCAAUCAGCCCUUCACCAGCAGUGGCAAUACCAACGUUGAGAGUCAGACAGGGGCACAGCAAAAUCCAGUAAAAUGUUUUACUAACCUGCAUCAAACUGGCGAUAUAAUCAGCCUUUCUGCUAUAACUUGGUUUGUUUUAUAGCGGCACACCAGCGAAAUCAUUCACAUGCGCAGUAUAAAAAAAGGCCAGAAACAUAUUUUACACAAGUACACGAACGCAGACGCUCUGCGUUUGACCAGUUUUUAACAACCCUCCGCACUCAAGGGGGCGAUUUAGUUACUUUUAAAUGUAUCUAACAUUAAACGAAAUGUGUCAUUACUCAAGUAAGCUGCUAUAAACAUUGAUUUUAACUAAAUUUCUCAAUUAUAUUCUCUUCAGAAUGUUGCUCUGUCAAGAAAGUAGUUUAUCUGAAAGCCAUUUACGCUAAAUCCCACUAUAGUAUGAAGCCACUAAAGCGAUAUGGUGAUGGGAAAAAUAUAUUUCAAUGUUUUUUGCGUUUCCCCAGGAAACUUUGCGUUCGCUUGCAAAAACUUGAGUUAUGCAAAAUCUAUCGGGCGAAUGCAUAACAUUUGUGAGAAAACGCAGAAGCAUUGACAUAAUUUUUCCAUCACUAUGUCCUUUUAGGGCAGGGGUGGGGAACGUUGAUCCUGGAGGGCCAUUGUCCUGCAGAGUUUAGCUCCAACCCUGAAAAAAAAAACACUCACCUGCCUGUAACUUUAGUAAUCCUGAAGACCUUGAUUAGCUUCAGGUGUGUUUAAUUAGGGUUGGAGCUAAACUCUGCAGGACAAUGGCCCUCCAGGAUCAACGCUCCCCACCCCUGCUUUAGGGGCUCCAUACUAUAGCACCCCUUGCGGCAACACUGAGAAUGUGAUGCGCACUUCAGUUGCGUUGAAUUUCGGAAUUGUGUCUGCGUUUAGGUAUUUGUGUAACCGAACAUUGGGCUGCAGUAGCUUGGCCACAAGGAUAGUUUUGAGUUACAUAUUCAAAGAAUGGCAUGUUAACCACUACUAUGCUAGAUCAAAAACUUCAGUGCCAUUUUGUGCUUUUUUGAUGAGACAUUUUAUAAUUGGAAAAUCCAAAGAGAUCACUAUGUAAGAUUUGUGCAAACAAAAUCAUCCAUAUCCACAACCGGUGUGAUGACAAAAGGUUUCAUAACUGUUCUUGGCAGCCUAUAGAGACAUUCUCCCGGAGUGUACUAAUAUCAUUUAAGUUUCCAUGUUCUUAUCUGCACUUGAAAAUAGAAUGUAGCCCAAUCCUCUGCUGGCCUGCUGAUUGCCUGCUGAGUCAUCUCAAUUUCCAUGAUGAUGUGAAUGCUAUGCUGUUAACUGUCUGGUACCAUCUGAAGACAGGGCUUCAAAUUUAAUUUAACAAACCCCCCUUAUCUGCAUAUAUACUGUAUUACUGUUUUCUUUCUUUUUUGGAACUUUUUUGUGAAAGUUGUCUGCAUUUUAACUAAUUAAAUUAUGGGAAUUAAAAUUACAAAGAAGAAUAACAA